AUGCUGAGAGUCCGGAAAAAGGGUUACUUUGGGAUUUGGUCAUUCCUUUUAAUAAUAGCAGUGGUGUGUGCACAGAGUGUCAAUGACCCUAGUAAUAUGUCACUGGUAAAAGAGACCGUGGAUAGACUGCUGAAGGGCUAUGACAUUCGCUUGAGGCCAGAUUUUGGAGGUCCCCCAGUGGCUGUUGGCAUGAACAUAGACAUUGCCAGUAUAGAUAUGGUCUCAGAAGUCAAUAUGGACUAUACCUUGACCAUGUACUUUCAGCAAGCAUGGAGAGAUAAGAGGCUGUCAUAUAAUGUAAUACCUCUAAACCUAACUCUGGACAACAGAGUAGCUGAUCAGCUGUGGGUUCCUGAUACUUAUUUUCUGAAUGACAAGAAGUCCUUUGUACAUGGUGUCACUGUGAAGAACAGAAUGAUCCGUUUGCAUCCGGAUGGGACAGUCCUUUAUGGGCUCAGAAUUACAACAACAGCUGCUUGUAUGAUGGACCUACGGAGAUAUCCGCUGGAUGAGCAGAACUGCACAUUGGAGAUUGAGAGCUAUGGCUAUACAACAGAUGACAUUGAAUUUUACUGGCGUGGGGGUGAUAAUGCAGUCACAGGAGUGACAAAGAUCGAACUGCCACAGUUCUCCAUUGUAGACUACAAGCUUAUCACCAAGAAUGUUGUUUUCUCUACAGGUGCCUACCCAAGGCUGUCUCUCAGCUUUAAACUUAAGAGAAACAUUGGUUACUUCAUUCUGCAGACCUACAUGCCUUCUAUUCUGAUCACUAUCCUGUCCUGGGUUUCCUUCUGGAUUAAUUAUGAUGCUUCAGCUGCAAGAGUUGCUUUAGGAAUCACAACUGUGCUCACAAUGACAACAAUUAACACCCAUCUUCGAGAGACUCUUCCCAAAAUUCCAUAUGUGAAGGCCAUUGACAUGUACCUUAUGGGAUGUUUUGUCUUCGUUUUCAUGGCUCUGCUGGAGUAUGCAUUGGUCAACUACAUCUUCUUUGGCAGAGGACCACAGCGUCAAAAGAAAGCAGCAGAGAAAGCUGCCAGUGCCAACAAUGAGAAGUUGCGAAUGGAUGUCAAUAAGGACAGAAGAAUAAUUGGCACAUAUCAUUGUCCAGAAAUGUAUUCAACAAAGAUGGAUCCACAUGAAAACAUUUUGUUGAGCACACUUGAAAUUAAAAAUGAGAUGGCUGCCUCCGAGGCUGUGAUGGGGCUUGGGGACCCUAGAAGCACUAUGCUGGCGUAUGACACUUCAAGCAUCCAGUACCGGAAAGCUGGCUUACCCAGACACAGCUUUGGCCGCAAUGCCCUGGAGCGACAUGUGGCACAGAAGAAAAGUAGGCUACGGAGGCGUGCAUCUCAACUGAAAAUUACCAUUCCUGACUUGACUGAUGUAAAUGCCAUAGAUCGAUGGUCUCGCAUAUUCUUCCCUGUUGUUUUUUCCUUCUUCAAUAUUGUCUAUUGGCUUUACUAUGUGAACUAA